GGCGGCAGCACCACCCACCCAACCCGCCGCCCAAGGCGCAGAAUAAAAACCUCGUCCCACCGGAGAUCGGGAGAGGCACGCCUCCCCCCUUGCCAGCCGCCGACGAUGGCGUCCGCCUCCGCCACCGCCGUGGUUGUGGUGUUCGACUUCGACCGGACCAUCAUCGAGUGGGACAGCGACGACUGGGUCAUCACCAAGCUCGGCGCCGCCGACGUCUUCCAACGCCUGCGCCCCACCAUGCGCUGGAACCCCCUCAUGGACAGGAUGAUGGGGGAGCUGCACGCACAGGGGAGGACGGCGGAGGAGAUCCGCGACUGCCUCAGGAGCGCCCCGCUCGACGCGCACGUCAUCUCCGCCAUCACAACGGCGUCGGCGUUAGGGUGUGACAUGAGGGUGGUGAGCGACGCCAACACCUUCUUCAUCGAGACCGUCCUGACGCACCACGGCGUCCUGGGUUGCUUCUCUGAGAUCACCACCAACCCGGCGUGCGUGGACGCCGACGACAGGCUCAGGAUCUCGCCGUUCCAUGACUCCGCGAGCGCUCCCCAUGGGUGCAACCUCUGCCCUGAGAACAUGUGCAAGGGCAAUAUAAUCGAGAGAAUCCAGGCGACAGAGGGUGGCAAGAAGAAGCAUCUCAUCUAUAUUGGUGACGGGAACGGAGAUUACUGCCCCUCCCUUAAACUAGGAGAAGGGGACUAUGUCAUGCCAAAGGAGAACCACCCCUUGUGGGACCUCAUCUGCAGCAACGAACAGCUUCUCAAGGCUGAGGUUCAUCCAUGGAAAAGCGGUGAGGAACUGGAAAGGACCCUGCUUAAGUUGGUCAACAAGUUGAUCACCCCACCCGCACAAGCAUCCCAGUUCGACUACAAAUGCGAGAUGAGCAAUCCAGUAUCCACUGAAGUAGGUUGCAGCCAGGCUCUCCCCGUGCCACACUGAUCAGUAAUCGAUUCUUAGUUCGCAACUACAGGCAUGGUUGCUUGAUCAUUUCCAUGUGCCUCAACUGAUGAACAGUCCUUAGUCAGUAUUUAUCCUGAUAUGUGAUGUAACUUAAAAUGCAGCGAUGUAGCAGAUGGGUUAUCUGUGCGACAUAUCACUCAAUAAGAUGUCCCAUCAGUUAAUUCA